AUGUUGGACCUGAUGAGAAUGUUGAUGACUCAGAGGAUUUUAUCUGAUCCUGAUGAGAAUGUUGCUGCUCAUUUUAUGAUCUGUUAUUUUGAAUUGCCAUCUUUAGUUGGUAAUCAUGAACAUUUGGCUAAGGGGUUAUACUUGUCUGAGAUGGGUAAAAACACAACUUCCAACCCCGACGCAAAAAAGGUUAGAGCAUUAUGGGAUAAUAAUUCAAGCUGGACCACUACUUUUUGUAAUCUUUGUGUGGAACAGAUUCAACUUGAGAAUAGAAAUAAAGGCGCUGCCUUUAGUACCUUAGGUUGGACCACUAUAGUGACCAAAUUUUGUGAUGAGAUCGGUCAAAAUUAUGAUAGGGAGCAAUUAAAAAGUAGGUGGGAUGUGUUAAAAGGUGAUUGGAGAUUGUGGAAACAAUUGAGGAAUCUUGACACAGGUUUAGGUUGGGAUGCAGCGAAGGGAACGAUUCAUGCUACUGAUGAUUGGUGGGACCGAAAGUUGAAGGAAUUACCCAAAGCUAAAAAAUUUCGAGAGAAAGGUCUACAGAAUCUAGAACAAUUUGAUAUAAUGUUUAGGGAUGUUGCAGCAACUGGAAUAGCUGCAUGGACCCCUUCUUCAAAUACACUCCCUCCAACAAUGCCACAAGAGGGUGCUAGUGAUUCGGAUGGUAGCUCCGAAUUUAAGGAUAAUCAAUGUGACAUGAGUUUAGACAUUGAUAGUUUGUAG